AUGUCAUUAGCAGAAGAGGAGGAACUUCAAAUCGAGAGCAAGUAUAUAAAGGAAAAGAAAAUAGGAGAAGGAACUUAUGCAAAGGUUUACAAAGCAAUAUUGAGUUUUCAAAUUUUGCGUUUAGGGAAAGAUCGUGAAACUGGACGUGCAGUGGCUAUUAAAAAGAUUAAGCUCGUACAAACAGAAAUAGGAUUUCAGGGGAUAGAAAUAUCAGCCGUUAGGGAG